UUAUCAUAAAGGGUGGUGAUUAGGUUGAAAACAGAGACUGCAUGAAAUAAUUACCCUUCCUUCUGAUCAUAUUCAAUAUUCAGCAGACAGGAGAAGCUCUGUACGCAUUUUACAAAGUUUUUCACAAUUUUUUAAGUUUUUAUUCGUGAUGAGGUAUGUGGUGGUUGGUGUGUUACUUCUGAUCUCUUUGGUCGUCUUGGAGUUGAGCAAUGCCAUGGCACCUUCUGUUUCGUAUGAAUGGGUUGUCUCUUAUUCAGAACGUUCCAUCCUUGGAGCCAACAAGCAGGUUAUACUGAUCAACGACAUGUUUCCUGGACCGAUCCUUAAGGCAACAGCAGGUGAUGUAGUAAACGUCAACAUUUUCAACCAUUUGACCGAACCCUUUCUCAUGACUUGGAAUGGGUUGCAAAUGAGGAAAAACUCGUGGCAAGACGGAGUUCGAGGGACAAACUGUCCCAUACUACCGGGAACAAAUUGGACGUACCGGUUUCAGAUAAAGGAUCAGAUCGGAAGUUACUUUUACUUCCCGACACUUCUGUUCCAAAAGGCGGCCGGAGGAUACGGUUCAAUUAGAGUCUACAGUCCAGAACUGGUCCCGGUUCCAUUCCCUCGGCCCGAUGGCGAGUUUGACAUCUUGAUCGGCGAUUGGUUCUAUACUGACUAUAGGGGUAUGAGAGCUUCACUUGACAAUGGUCUCAGUUUAGCAACUCCUGAUGGUAUUCUUUUCAAUGGGCAUGGACCCGAAGAAGCCUUCUUUGCAUUUCAACCAGGUAAAACAUAUAGGUUGAGAAUAUCAAACGUGGGUCUGAAGACAUCCUUAAACUUCAGGAUCCAAGACCAUGAUAUGCUCCUGGUUGAGACAGAGGGUUCGUAUGUUCAGAAACGUACCUUAUCAAAUUUGGACAUCCAUGUGGGCCAAUCAUAUUCCGUUCUCGUCACUGCCAAAACCGACCCGAUUGGAAGUCACCGCUCCUACUACAUUUUCGCCUCAACCCGGUUUAGUAAUUCAUACAUGACCGGCUUAGCAUUAAUCCGAUAUCCCAACUCCCCCGUUGACCCGGUCGGACCAGUUCCCGCUGCACCGGAAUCGUGGGAUUACGCCUCCUCGGUUCGACAAACCCUAUCUAUUAGAGAGGACCUAGCCGUUGGAGCAGCAAGACCAAACCCACAAGGCUCAUACCACUAUGGACGCGUUAACGUCAGCAGAACAAUAAUCUUACAAAACGAUGUCAUGUCAUCGUCGAACAGGCUCCGUUACACAGUUAACGGCGUCUCGUUUGUCUUCCCCGAAACACCCUUAAAGCUCGCUGAUCACUUCCAGCUAAAGAACACGAUCGUCCCCAACAUGUUCCCUACUUAUCCUUCCAACAAAACGCCACGUUUUGGAACAUCAGUGGUCGACAUUCGGUACAGAGAUUUCGUCCACAUAGUUUUCGAGAAUCCACUUGAUGAAUCGCAGAGCUGGCACAUCGACGGUUACAAUUUUUGGGUUGUCGGAAUGGGGUUUGGAGGUUGGUCUGAAAGCAAGAGAGCUGGAUACAACUUAGUGGACGCUGUUUCUCGUUCGACAAUUCAGGUUUUUCCAUAUUCGUGGGUGGCGAUAUUGAUAGCGAUGGAUAAUCAAGGGAUGUGGAACGUGAGAUCACAGAAGGCAGAGCAAUGGUAUCUUGGUGAAGAGCUUUACUUCAGGGUUAAAGGUGAUGGACAAGAAGAUCCUUGGAAUAUUCCGACAAGAGAUGAAUCUCCGAUACCGGAGAAUUUCCUCCGUUGCGGUAGAGUUCUCUGAUAAAUAUAUAAUUAAUUCAAUAUGAGUUUAUGUAAUUUGUUAGUAUAAUGAUGGUUUAUACGAAGAACUAACAAAGCAUUAAAUCAAAGUUUAUUUUAAAGAAAGGGUUUAAAUUUGAA